AGCAUCAGGUUUUGAUGAUGAGAGUUUUCCUGGGAACUUGGAGUAAAGAAUUUCUGGGAAGCUGGGAUUUCUUGGGAAGCAGAGUUUAGGGCUGAAUUAUCCCUGAAAACGGGAAUUCUGAAAUGCUUCAGAGGCUGAUCCCUGACACGGAAUGGAGCUAUGCCAACCCUGUGUUUUAAACCGGAUUUUCAGGGAAUCCCCCUCAACACACCCCAAAGCUCUUUUGGGUUUGUUGGGGUUUUUUUUUUGGUUUUAUUGCUUUUUUUUUUUUUUUUAUCGUGGGGGGAUUUUCAGGAUUUGGGAUCACGUCUCACCCCUGUCCUGUGCUCCACUCCAGGCUGGUAGCCCGGGAGAUGGCCCGAGUCCACGCCAUCCACGCCAACGGGAGCCUCCCCAGGCCCAUCCUGUGGCAGAAGCUGCACAAAUACCUCAGCCUGGUGAAGACAGAGCUCAGCCCAAAGGUAUCCAACCCCAGCCUCCCGCAGGACGUGCCCAGCGCGGAGGUGCUGGAGCAGGAGCUGUCCUGGAUGCAGGAGACGCUGUCACAGCUGGGCUCCCCCGUGGUGCUGUGCCACAACGACCUCCUGUGCAAGAACAUCAUCUACGACAGGACACGAGAGCACGUUCGGUUCAUCGACUACGAGUACACGGGGUACAACUACCAGGCCUUUGACAUCGGGAACCACUUCAAUGAGUUCGCAGGUGUGAAGGAGGUGGAUUAUGGCCUCUACCCCAGCAAGGAGACGCAGCUGCAGUGGCUGCACUCCUACCUGCAGGCCUACAAGGAGCUCACCCAGGGGCACCCAGGUGACACCCAGGUGUCCGAGGAGGAGCUGGAAACUCUCUACGUGCAAGUGAACAAGUUCUCCUUGGCAUCCCAUUUCCUCUGGGCGUGCUGGGGCCUGAUCCAGGAUAAAUACUCAACCAUAGACUUUAAUUUCUUAAGAUAUGCAAAGCUAAGGUUUAAACAGUACUUCAAGAUGAAGCCCGUGGUCACAGCCCUGCAGGUCCCCAAAUAA